GCAAAUGCUUUCGUCAUGACGUUACACGGAAGUACUUCCGCCAAGAUGGCCGCGUCCUUUAGAAGCAUGUUUUGGUUUGGUUUGGAUGAGAAACAGACAUAAAUAUCAUAUUUAAGGAGUACGCGACCUCCGAGGAAGACCAGAAAAGCGGGACAUGGACAGAAGGGAGUUCGUAGCUUCCUUAGUGGCAGGAGGCUGUGCGGGUAUGUGUGUGGAUCUGACCCUCUUCCCCCUGGACACCAUUAAGACCAGACUGCAGAGUCAGCAGGGCUUCUACAAGGCUGGCGGCUUCAGGGGCAUCUACGCUGGGGUCCCAUCUGCUGCUGUCGGUUCCUUCCCCAACGCCGCUGCUUUCUUUGUCACCUAUGAGUGCGCAAAGUCCCUCCUGGGCGCCGGUGGAGCACCUGCAGCCCCACAGGCGGCGCCUGUCACUCACAUGCUGGCCGCCUCCCUCGGAGAAGUCGUGGCGUGUUUGAUCCGGGUGCCCACAGAAGUCGUCAAACAGAGAGCCCAGGCCUCGCCCUCCUCCAGCACCUACAGCAUUCUGCUGGCUACACUCAGAGAAGAGGGCGUUCGAGGCUUGUACAGAGGAUAUGGCAGCACAGUUCUCAGAGAGAUUCCUUUCUCCCUGGUGCAGUUUCCACUUUGGGAAUAUUUAAAGACUCUGUGGUCGCGGAGGCAAGGUCACAUGCUCUCCCCUUGGCAGUCAGCUGUGUGCGGAGCUCUUGCAGGGGCCGUCUCUGCCUUCGUUACCACUCCGCUUGACGUUGCAAAGACCAGGAUCAUGCUAGCAAAGGCGGGGUCGACCACAGCGAGCAGCAGCAUCCCCCUGGUGCUCUACGACGUGUGGAGGAGCAGAGGCCUGCCGGGUCUGUUUGCAGGCAGCGUACCACGGGUGGCCCUCAUCAGCCUGGGCGGUUUCAUCUUCCUGGGAGCCUAUGAGAAGGUUCGCUGCACUCUGCUGUAGCAGCUCGUCCACCAUCAGUCUGUUCGGAGUCCUGAGCUGUCGCGGGAACUGUGUGAAGAAGCAGCAUCUUCCUCACCUGCAGAGGUGUCCAGCCAAAAAAGACUCAGACUUUUUAUUUAAGAUAUAGCUGUGAUAUUAAUGACUCAGCUCUCGUUCAUUAAUUUAGUGUUUUAUCUAUAUUUUCUUCUCCUUAUAAGGCCACUACGCUGCAGUGUGUCACCACUCUGACAUUCUCACUGCUGUAAAACUGACCUCAUCUUUAGUACCUGCACGAGCCUCUAUUCCUGGAACAGCAGGAUCCUCCAAAGGCUCAGAUGAAGGAUUUCCAAAUCCCUCAAGGCAAAUAAACAAACAUUACAUCAACCUUCUCAAAGCUUUGGUCAGGACUUCAUCGUCUGUCUUUACGUCAUAUGUUGAAUCCAAAAGGCAGCCGAAAAACAAACAUUUGUUUGAAAUGAACGAUUGUUGAAUGAAUAAAUAUGUUUUUUUUAUUGGACAUUUCCUUUCAUUAAAAGUCUGGAAAUGAGCUAAAUAUCUCAAAUUGCUGUGACAGCUUGUGUACAGUUGAGAAAAUGCUCAAAUGUUCCGUCACCCUUUCUCACUCUCACUUCUAUCUCCAACCAUUCCCGCUUUGACCUCAGAGUUCCCCGAUCCCUUCCAUUUUUAUCUCCAUCCAGAGAAAAAACUAAAUUUAGAAUAGUCGGAGAUGGGUUCAGGACUCCUGUGACUGUUUUCAGAAGAAACAUUCUUGCUCUUUUUUUAAUUUCAGCAGCACACGAGCGAAGCACUGCAGUUCUCGAGGGUAUUGAGUAGAUUUUAGGACUUUCUGGAGUCAUCUUGAAGAACAUCUGAAAUUCAAAAACUGCUGCAGGCCAGUCAGUCAUUUAAGGAUUAAAGACACUGGAAUGUAAAAAAAAAAAAAAAA